AAUACAGAGCAAAACCGGGCUUCUUUACAACAUGCCCUCUGCUAUCGGGAGUCCAGCAUCAGACUCAGAUUCAGAUCCUGCUGUUGGGAGUUCAGCAUCAGACUCGGAUUCACUGCCAGAUGACUUGAUUUUGGAGGACACUUUCAGACAAGUCGCCAAACUCGACCCCAUUGAUUUUGAUCAAUGUAGGGACGUGUUGGAGUUCCUUACGGAGCCAAACCCUGAGCAAGAGUCUGCGGAGUUUUCUGAUGUUUAUUAUGGGGUAUACUCGACAGUAGAGCACAUCAUCGAAGAGAAUGAUACAGUACCAGGAAGGUCAAGAUUGAGUUACUUCGAGGACGAACACAUCCUCCUCGUCGAAAAGUUCAACAGUAUUCACGAAGUUCCAUUCCUUCACCUGGAUUCAAUAUUCCGUCGUUUUAUGUAUGAUCUCGAACGCUGUGACUCGGACUACUCUGUGGACAUCACAGUAUCCAGGGUCCUUACGCUGAUCUCUGCAUCUGCUGUUCCAGACCUGUCGAUUACGAUGAAUGUGAUCACCAAGAAUAGGAUUUGGCAUGAGCCCAAGGUCCUUGUCGUCGGGGAAUGUGCAUUCGCCCAGGACACAGAUUCUGUUCUUCGGAAAAUCAAAUAUGAAAUCGCCUCCCAUCCAGAAGUCUUGAUGGUCAUAAUGGUUGUGAUUGAAGAACAUCAACCAUAUCGCUCACCUGGACGUAUGUCAGAAGCAUGGCAGAUGCUACUCCAGGACAAUCUUUCACGCUCUUCAUUCCUUUCGCUUCAAGGUAUUGCAGCACAAUCUCUUGAUCAACCCGUCCCGAUCAACAUUGAUGUUGACAAUGAAUUGUUGGCACGUGGCACCUUAUUUCCGAAACAAGAUAUGGAUGCGGUCGAUACCAUGAUCGAGAAGGGCAUGGUGAUGAUGCGGGACUGUCUUGCAACUGUCUGCCAGAAGGUAGCUCCAGGCAGCAACAUUUGUGCCAUCCGAGACUCUGGUGUUACUUUCUGUCCAAAUUGGAAUCAUCUGUUGAGGGACCUGGAACGUGCAGUCGACGGAACCGCCUACAACCGAUACCACUCAUGGUAUAAGUCAUCCUCGUGAAGCACAUCCACCCUCGAUCACCGGACGCGCUUGUAACCAGUGUGAAGGCAAGCAAGGACCCUCAUGUGUGGAUCAUGACAAUAUUCGUUGGUUAUGUAAAGCCAAAAAAAGGUCCUAAUUUUACACGAUACCGUACUCUCGAUCGGUCCGUUUUUCUGUGUAGAGGCUACCGUCCUCGCACCAGUGUUUA